GGUAAAUCAUGCGAUUUCAAUGCAAAUGUUGACAGUUGGGGAACUAUAUGAUAUGCUGAUUGAUACAGUUUGGGAUGUUGUUAGGCAUCGUUUACGGUGUGUUGUACUGAAGGUGUUUUCAAUGGAUUUUAUGUGAAAAUACUGUUUCCGUGGAGUGAAUACAUGUGUCACCUAUAAUUCCUGGAGGAUACAGUGUUAUUCUCAUUCGUUUGGAAUGGAUGACCCCUAUGUUAACUUCGUGGCUCCUCCUGAGGCACUGGUUUUUACUCCAACAGAGGAGGAGUUUGCAGAUCCAUUGGGUUAUAUUGCCAAGAUAAGACCCAUUGCCGUCAAAGGAGGGAUAUGCAAAAUAAAACCACCACCGGAUUGGCAACCACCAUUUGCAGUAGAUGUCGAAAAAUUUAGAUUUGUACCCAGAGUACAAAGACUUAAUGAGUUGGAGGCUAAAUCCAGAAUAAAGCUCAAUUUCCUUGAUCAACUGGCCAAAUUUUGGGAGUUGCAGGGAUGUGCACUAAGGAUUCCUCAUGUGGAGAAAAAAUUGGUGGAUUUGUUUGGUUUGUACAAGAAUGUGGAAGAGGAGGGUGGUAUGGAGCAGGUGUCGGCAGAGAGGAAGUGGUCCAAGAUCUCCACAAAGCUGGGAAUGCCAACUGGGAAGGGAUGUGGAAGCAUUGUUCGAGGACACUAUGAAAGAAUCCUUUACCCUUUCUAUGUGUUCCGGAAAGGAGAUGCCUAUGAAUUUGACAAAAUCAAGAAGGUCGAGAAGGACAGAGAGGAUACAGAAGACAUGGAGUACAAGCCCCAUAAAGGACAAGGGAAGGAAUCUCAACUAGGGCAUGUCAGGAAGUCCAAGCGAACUAUGAAGGAGGAGCCUGUGAUUGACUACUCCGCCAACUCGGAACUGAAGAAGCUGCAGUUCUACGGUGCUGGUCCAAAAGCUGCCGUGCCCUCUGGUAACUCCAAUGUUAAAGAGGAAAAACAGCCUGAAAAAAUUAAAGAUGAGAAGAUUAAGACCCGGGAAAAACAAAUGAUUCCUGGAACAUAUGCAGAUAUGAAAUGGUUAGAAGUUGGCUAUGGACAGGUUGACAAGUAUCUGUGUCACAUGUGUGAAGGGGGAGAUGGGGAGGAGUACAUGCUGCUGUGCGACGGCUGUGACGACGCCUUCCACACCUACUGCCUCAUCCCACCACUAGUAGAUGUACCUAAGGGAGACUGGAGAUGCCCCAAGUGUGUGAAACAGGCUUGUUCAAGGCCUCAGGAUCCAUAUGGUUUUGAGCAGUCCAGGACUGAGUACUCUCUUCAGUCAUUUGGUGAGAUGGCAGACAACUUCAAAUCUAACUACUUCAACAUGCCGGUGCAUAUGGUUCCCUGUCAUCUUGUGGAGAAGGAGUUCUGGCGACUGGUCAGCUGUAUCGAGGAGGAGGUGUCUGUACAGUAUGGAGCGGACAUCCAUGCCUCGGAGAUGGGCAGUGGAUUCCCCACCAACAAGGCUGAUGUCAUGUGCCCAGAGGAUGAGGAGUAUGUGAACUCGGGCUGGAAUCUCAACAACUUGCCAGUGCUGGAACAAUCUGUGCUUUGCCAUAUCAAUGCAGACAUUUCAGGCAUGAAGAUCCCUUGGUGUUAUGUCGGCAUGUGUUUCUCCAGCUUCUGCUGGCACAAUGAGGAUCACUGGAGCUACUCCAUCAACUAUCUGCAUUGGGGAGAGCCAAAGACAUGGUAUGGCGUGCCUGGUGAGUCGGCGGACGUCUUUGAAAGAGCCAUGAUGCAGAUGGCUCCAGAGUUGUUUGAGCAGGCUCCUGACCUGCUCCAUCAGCUGACAACCAUCAUGAACCCAAAUCUGCUGAUGGCAAAAGGAGUUCCGAUUGUCCGUACAAACCAGCAUGCUGGUGAGUUUGUGGUGACCUUCCCCAGAGCCUACCAUGCAGGCUUCAACCAGGGAUACAACUUUGCUGAAGCUGUCAACUUCUGUCCUGCUGACUGGCUGGGCAUGGGUCGUCUAUGCAUCGACAACUAUCGCUCCCUUCACCGUCAGUGUGUGUUCUCCCACGAGGAGUUGAUCUGCAAGAUGGCUGCAGAUCCAGACAGUCUGGAUCUCAACCUAGCAGCUUCCACACACCAAGACAUGCUGGCCAUUGUGGAGGAGGAGAAGCAGCUGAGGAAGAAGUUGUUGGAUAUGGGUGUUGUUGAAGCCGAGAGAGAAGCGUUUGAGCUGCUACCUGAUGAUGAGCGCCAGUGUUGCUACUGCAAGACCACAUGCUUCCUGUCAGGGAUCACCUGUCCCUGUAGCCCAAACAAGGUGGUGUGCCUGUACCACACAGAACACAUAUGCAACUGUGACACAACUCAGCUAUGCCUCCGCUACCGCUACACACUUGACGAACUGCCGUCCAUGCUGCACAAGCUCAAGAUGAGGGCCGAGUCCUUCGAUAACUGGAAUGUAAAGGUCAAGGCUGCACUGGAUGCACCACAGGAGGAUAAGUUAGAUUUACAAGAACUGAAGGAUUUAGUCACUGAGGCAGAGGAGAAGAAAUUUCCUGACAAUGAGCUGUUGCAGCAGCUCACAAGUGCUGUGAAUGAAGCAGAAAAAUGUGCCAAUGUUGCGAACCAGUUGGUCAGCAAGAAAGUGAGAACAAGGAAUCGCCAAAACCUCGAGGGAAAAUACAUAGCCAAGUUAAAUCUGGAAGAACUGAACAUCUUUCAUGAACAGGUCAUCAGUCUGCCAUGUGUUAUCUUGGAGGCCAGGCUUGUCAAGGAACUGCUUGAUAAGGUUGUCAAGUUCCAGACAGAAGCUAAGGAUGCUCUAGAUGCUGAAACUCCAGAUUCUGAGAAGUUAGAAAAACUUAUUGAAGUUGGAAUCGUGCUUGAUGUUGAUCUCCCUGAAAUACCAAAACUUAAACAGGUAUUGCAGCAAGCCAAAUGGCUGGACGAGGUGCGGAACACCCUGAAGGACCGGCCCAACGUUACUCUGGAAGUGAUGAGGAAGUUGAUGGAGUCGGGGGUAAGCCUGGCCCCCCACUCAGCUGUAGAACGGGCCAUGGCCGACCUGCAGGAACUGCUGACUGUCAGUGAGAGAUGGGAGGAGAAGGCCAGGAUUUGUCUGCAGGCCAGACCAAGACAUGUGAUGACCACCCUGGAGGCUAUCAUCAGUGAAGCCAAGUCUAUACCAGCCUACCUGCCUAAUGUAUGUGCUCUCAAGGAGGCUGUGAGGAAGGCAAAGGAGUGGACGGUCAAGGUAGAGGCCAUCCAGAAUGGAGAUUCCUAUCCAUACCUGGACAUCUUGGAGAACUUUGUAAACAAAGGUCGCCCGAUCCCCGUGAGACUGGACUCACUACCUCAGGUAGAGUCGCAGGUUGCCGCAGCCAAGUCAUGGAGGGAGAGGACAGCCAGGACCUUCCUCAAGAAAAACUCCACCUACUCCUUAUUAGAGGUGUUGUCCCCGCGGCAGGACAUCGGCAUGUACACGAGUGGGAAGAACAAAAAGAAGAAGCUGCGAGAGGGGGAGCGUGACCGGCGGGAGAGUGAGAACAACAACACCAUAGACAUCAAGGUAGAAGAAACCCGAGACCCAGCAACCAUUGUGGCAGCCUUCAAGGUGUCGGAGCAGCGAGAGGUGGAGUGUAUGCGUGACCUGCGAGGCCGGAACUUGGACAAACUACACUGUCCUGAAGGGGAAGCCAAGUUCUGUAUAUGUCGAAAGGGGGCAUCAGGUUUUAUGUUGCAGUGUGAACUGUGCAAGGAUUGGUUUCACGGUACAUGUGUCCCGUUACCGAAAUCUGCCAAUAUGAAAAACAAGACUUCCCAAACAGCUGUGAUGCAAGCAACAAAAGACAUGAAAUUUUUGUGCCCCCUCUGUCUCAGAUCCCGACGACGCCCUCGUCUGGAAACUAUCCUCUCUUUACUGGUGUCUUUACAAAAACUCCCUGUCCGCCUCCCCGAAGGGGAAGCCCUACAGUGCUUAACAGAGCGAGCCAUGGCGUGGCAAGACCGGGCACGACAAGCUCUCACAACCAAUGAACUUGCCUCAGCCUUAACAAAACUCAGUGUGUUGAGCCAGAGAAUGGUUGAACAGGCUGCCCGUGAAAAAACAGAGAAAAUCAUUAACGCUGAGUUACUCAAGGCAGCAAAUAAUCCCGAACUGCAAAGCCAUUUGGCUAGUGUUACUCAAAGUGCUUUCAGUGGAGUUCAGAACGGGACGCCACAGAGAGAGAUCAAUUUGUUCAGCGUUGACAUAGACAGUUCACAAUCUUCCAUUCCCAUGUCCCCGCAGUCAUCACAAACUUCAGACGAUAUAUCCACCGACAUUGACACCAUCCCUGUAAGUCACGGCAGCAUGUCCUCGGAACAUGCGUAUUCUUCAGUGUCUAAAGCCACAUCAACUAUGACCCCCCGGAAACACCAGCGGAAGUCGCCACUGGUGCCGCGGCAGCUGGAAACCCCGGUGCUGGAGCUGUCCGAGAUCGCUAAAUGCCAGCUGGAAGAGCUGAUGAUGGAGGGUGACCUGCUGGAGGUGUCCCUGGAUGAGACGCAGCAUAUCUGGCGGAUACUCCAGGCAUGCCAGCCACGUCAUGAGGAAAAAUUCAUUGACUUUGAGGAUCCUGACAAGGCAAAUGUAACAAUGAAGGAGCGAGGGGAGAAGGUGAAGAGGAUAAAGAAGGAGAAGGACAAGAUAAAGGAGAAGAAGAUCAAGAUCAAGAGGAAGAAGGAGGGUGAAGACAGCACAGGGGUUGUGGUUAUCAAGAAGAUCAAGGAGGAGGCAGGAGUCGAGAAGCCCAAGAAGAAGAAGAUUAAAAUCAAAGAUCCAAACAAGGAAGUUCUGGACAGCAAAGAGAAGGAGAAUAAAGUUUCUGGUAAAAUUAAACCGAAGGAGAUUGGUGACAAGGCCAAAAAGGAAAAGUGUGAAAAGCUGAGAAAGAAGAAGAAACUGAAGAUUAAGCUUGAGGGAAUGAAACAGCUCGGGGAGAAGACACCCACCAUUAAGAAGAUCCGUAUCAAAAAGGACAAGUCCAAGGACGUCUUGGUUGUGGAUGAAGAUGAUGAUGAAGAAGAGAAUGAUGAAGAUUGCUCAGCUGUGAAGUGUCUGAAGCCUGUUGGUGAGGAGGUGAAUUGGGUGCAGUGUGACAGUUGUGAGAAAUGGUUCCACCUUCUUUGUGUUGGACUCGGCAAAGAGGAAGUGUCCGAGGACGAGGAAUAUGUUUGCUUUCAGUGUGUGCAAAUUAAGAACGGUGUGAUACCCACCAUCAAGCAGGAACCUCCAGAUGAACUGCUGGCAACACCGGACAGCGCAGACGUUUCUUCUACAGCCAUCAAUGGCAACGCUGAUCUACCUCUGUCCAGUCAACAGGUUGAUGGGAGUGUGGAGGAUAUGGAACUAUCAGCAACGGCUACAGUAUCUGAUGUCCUGCAAGGGGUAGUCACAAACGUGGUCAACGCUGAACUUGCUGGAGAAGUUGUCGAGGAGGAGGAGGAAGAGGACGAUGAUCUUGAGGAAGAUCUUGAAGAGGAUGAAACUCAUGGUGGUGAAGAACAUGAAGUUGAAGAUGAUGAGGAGGAUGAAGGAGAAGAAGAAGAAGAGGAGGAGGAGGAAGAGGAGGUUGAAGCAGAGGUCGAAGCAGAAACACUGGAUGCAAGUGCAACUGAGGAUGUUACUCUUGUGGAGGAUGAUUCACGGGCUGAGGAUAUUGAUGCUGAAAUGGAUGGAGAGGAAGAAGUUGAAGAAGAUGGAGGUGAGAUUGUUGAACUUGAGGAAGAUGAAGAAGAGGAGGAUGUUGAACACUUCACCACACAGGAAUCUGAAGUCAGUACAGCUGUGACGACAACUUUAGAGGCAGUUUCAGCUAUAGCUUCAGAAGUUGACUAUUCUCAGUCAGUGGAAAGUGCGGACUCGGAAGUGGUGGAAGCAGAUUUCGUUGGUGAUGUGCAUGAAUCAAGUGUGGAAUCUGCAAGUAGUUCAGUGUUGUUAGCAGACUCUUCCAAAGACUCAACAACAGCAGCAGCAGCAGCAGCAGUGGAGGAGGAGAACAGUGAAGAACUUAUGGACAUUGAGGAAAUGACCUCAGAGGCAGUAUCAAGUGUAAUACUGUCGUCAUAACCCUUACUUGCCAUCGCCCACAGCAGUGACUAGUCACAGCUACAUUCAUUCAUGGUUUGCUGGCAAAAAUGUGGUUUUGAAGUGUAUUUUCAUUAUUUUGAAUGUAUGGAGAAAUUUGAGACAUCGUGUUGCAAAUAACGAAAGAGUCACGGCCAGAUUGAAUGUAUCACGUGGUGAACUAACAGCUCCCAACAAAUCCUGUGUGGUAGACUCUUUUUGAAUCCUGAAGCAGAUUAUCACAGCACCCUACCAGACAUGCUCUGAUUGGUUUGUAUAUGUCGACACUGAUUACCCUCUCAUGAUUCAUAGCUGUCCUCGUCAAUGAAUGAAGAUGUUUGUGUGAAUGAUAAUUGUACAAAGGUGAAACCGUACACUCUAUUAACUGAUGAAUAAUUUGAUGAUGGUUUAUGUGUGUUGGAAUUUCUACUCUAAUUUAACACCUACAAUAUAUAUAUGCUUAAGAAACCUACCUCGGUUGGAUGACUUGACAGUAAUAUUCCUCUUGGUGGAACACCAGGUGGCUGUGGCUGUUUUUUGCAAUACUAAUCUAGUUAGACUGCAUCAAUAAACUAAACUAAACACCGACUAUUUUCUCUGAGGUGGUUGCCUUACGGUGCUUAAGGGCUCUUGAACAUGCAAUGUUUUAAUUGUAUUACCUUAGCUAAACAUUUCAUUCACAAAAUGUAUACUACAAUUUUCAUGUAACAAAAUAGUCAUCUUUAAUUAAAGGUGUUGUCAUUGGCAAAGUCUUUGAACAGGUUUAAAAAUCAGGACAUUGACUGUCACCCAAAGUUAUGCUUCAAGUUGUAACAUCACGAAAAUAUCCCAAUGCCAUUUGUUUCAAGCAAAAUCACUGAUGUAUUUAUGAAUGUAUGUUAAGUACUCUUGUACGGAUUAACUAGUUAUAUUAAUUACUUACACUGAGUGGAAUUGAGACACUAUAAUGUAGGGUUGAGAUUUUUCAAUGGAAGCGUAUUCUAACUGAAAUAAGGCAGUUGACCCAAACAUUUUUUUUAGCCCAUUGUGGGAAUGUUGUGCCAACAGAGCUUUUCACAGAUUGGUUUUGUCAACUAAAGAAAGAGUUCAUUAUGUGAUCUCGAGUUUAAUAUGUUUUGACUUGCCAUGCAAAUCAGAUUAAGAUGGUCCACUUUCAAGCUUUACUUGAAAUCUUUUGAACUGUUUGUCCAUGUUUUCAAUUUAUUAACUUGAAUGGGAGAGUGGAUUGAAUUUGUUAAGUUUAAAACUUCUUCUAAACCAGGUAAAACCAAUAAGAAAUUAUUCUAUUUCGAGUAUUGACUCCCUUGGCCCAUGCCUUUGACAAAGCUUUAAGCAUAGUAGUUUUUCAUUACCAUGUUUCUUACCUAAUUACUUUUUCUAUUUAUUUAGUAUGUUGCUACCGGUUAGAAUUUUGUGAAAACAUAAUUCCCAGAACAGAUGUGGUACUUUUUUGUUUUUCAUUUUCAUUUUAAUAAAAAAACAAACCUGAUGCAGUCCAGCUCGAUAAUGUAAAUAUGUCAUCUUUUGUAUUAUUUAUUUAUGUAUAUCAGAUUCAUUAUGCAUGGUGUCAUUAAUCACGUGUCAUUUAUCUUCCAGUUUGUAUAAAGAUCAUAGCUUUUUCGUCCCUGUACAUACCACUUUGCUUGUAGUAAGGUGUAUUCUAUAAAACAUUGGUGAUCUUUUACUGUGUCACAGAGACAAUCUUAAAAUGGUCUCAUUUUAACCGUUUACACCAUUAACAGCGAAUUCGAUUUAAGUUUACACCAUAAACGUUUAGUUUGUUAGAUGUCCUCAUUAUGCAGUCAUGUUGAAGCCAGAUUGGUUUCUGUUUGGUUCACUUCAGUUCAUACAUCAGUAGGUUCACACGUGCCGGUCUGUUUAUGUUUUUUUGUUGUAUGGUGGAGAGACAGCUCUUCAGUUUUUGUUGCUGAUUAUUUUACGGAUUUGUUUACAAUGUGGAAGACUGUUUGAAAGUGCUGUUACCUUGUCUAUGCCAUCAUCCCAUCACUCGUUGAUGCAUGGCAAAUGUAUGAAAAUAAACAGGUCUGACAACUAA